AUGGACUUAAACGCCUUGCUAACGGCGCAAAGCGACGCUCAUGGUCGCAUCGCCCGUUCGGUCACCAACUUGAAGAAGAUGGGCGCGGAGAACAUCACGCUCCACGCUGUUGAAACACGCCUUGAAUUCCUCGACAAAAUAUGGGCUAAGGUCGAAGCACAGCACGAAACCAUUCGAACACUCUUCAAAGAAGAAUUUGAUGAGAGUGAGUACAACCAAACACAAUUUUUCGACACCAUUGAAAUUACGUACGUGCAAGAGCGAAGCGCAUUGAACGAAUACGCGAUAAAGCUCCAAGCCGCGAAUCCGACAAGCGCCGCUUCGAGCAAGGAGCCCGGCGGCGUUUCCUCCGCAUCGGCCUUACCGAGACUCCGAGUCAAAUCGUUUUCGGGCGCGUUCGAAGACUGGCCCACCUUCCGGGACAGCUUCAUGUCGAUCGUCGGAAAACACAAGUCCCUCUCGAACAUUGAGAAGUUCCACCACCUGCGGCACUGCCUUGAGGGAGCAGCUGAAAAGAUAUAUUCGUCCGUUAGCCGUGAUCGGGGAAAACUAUCCGCGCGCGUGGUCGAUGCUGACGGAGCAUUAUGA